AUGCCACAAGAAGAUCCUUCACCAGCAGCCAUAGAGGCUAGCAAGGAUCGCGCAGCAGCUCUAACGAUCCAAAAGAACUAUCGAGGAUAUCGCACCAGGCGGUCUUUGGGCGGAUGCGCCUUGAGCGCUGAUGAUAGGUGGGGCGAUGCGGUGCUGAGGCUGAGAAGGGAAGGAGCGGGAAAGCAGAAUGCUGAAGGGUCGAAGAACAGCGCUGCAGAUAGAUGGCGCAGAGGAGGAUUGAUGGUUGGGCAAUUCGCUGGCAGUCCAGCUUCUGGCGGUGCAGAAGAGGGCAGCAAGGCAAGUGGCGAAGCAGGCGGUGCACAGGUUCCGGAUGAUGGACCUGUCAAGGGCGGUCCCAGUCUGCCUGAUCCCGAGGAGCAAGAGGAACAGCAUCAGCAGGAGGUCGGAAAGCACACGGAACCUAUUAGGGAAGAGAGUCACGGCUUGGUCGGCGACGUGCCAGGUGGUCAGAGCGAUGGCAAGGUGGACAAUGUGCCCAGCGUCGCCCACCAGCACGAGUAUGGCUUGAAGCUGCUGGAAAGAUGGACCAGGGGCGCAAAAGCGCAACAGCUCGUAAGUCGUUGGACGGCGCGGGUGUGCGAUCAGAAAGUCUUGUCCAUCUUCUGCUGACGUCUCUACACGUUUGAACGAAUUCCAACUCUCAGUCCAAGAUGAUGGAGGAGAGCUAUUGGCUGGAGGGCAUCGACGUGAACCACAGAUACGGCAGCAAUCUGAAGCACUAUCACUCUGUAUGGAUGAAGGCCGAUACAGAUCAAAACUUCUUCUACUGGCUCGACAAAGGUGAUGGAAAGCAUGUGGAUCUCGAAGAGUGUCCCCGCGAAAGGCUCGAUAGCGAGAAGGUCACCUACCUCUCUGUGAGUUGGGGCAACUAGCGGAUACGCCAGAGAUACAAUGAGGCUGACAAGUGCACCACGUAUCUCUCUCUCUCUCUGUGUGUCUUUCGGUGCUACAGGCCGAGCAGCGCUUCAACUACUUGGUUGACAUCAAAGAUGGGCGACUGUUCUGGCGAAGGAAUGGAAAGCCAGUGGACACUUCUCGCGGCAAGCACAAGGACCUUGGUGAAGGGCGCGGCAUUGUAGAGCUUGGUCCAGAGGAGCAAGAAGAGGAGGCGCGAAUCAAGGCGGAGAGGAGAGCAGCGCGUCAUGGCGAUGAUCGACGCUCCAGCAUAGCUUCACUGAGCUCCGAAAGCAGCAGCAGCAGCAGCAGCAGCUCAAGCAGCGAUGCGGACAGCGAAGAGCGAGCCGAGGCAAAGGAGGAUGCAAAGCAUUACGGCGCCAAUCUGUCCAAGAAGGAGAGGAGGCUAGGUCUGCUCACCAGCAAGGGUUGGACCGAUGCGCUGCUUCGUAAGACGGUAGGCGUCAACACCUGGAUCUACGUGCUGAACUCCCGCCACGAACUGUACAUUGGAAUCAAGAAGACAGGUACCUUUCAGCACAGCAGCUUCUUGUAUGGCGGUCGAGUGCUCAGUGCGGGUCUCAUCAAGCUCAAGGAGGGUCUGAUCACAAGCCUGAGCCCGCUCAGCGGGCAUUACAAGGCCAACAGCGGUGCCUUCAGGUGGUUUGUUGCAUCCCUGCAGGCCGGAGGCGUUGAUUUGAGCCACGUCUCCAUUUCCAAGGUGCGUGAUUGCCAAACGCUCAUGCGCGACAUUUUCGCGCUGACACAACCUCCUGCCGCGUUGCCAGGCUCUCUUGGCCUUGAUGGCGCUCGAGCAGUACGGCAAAUUGGCCAAAAAGACCAAAGCGAAAAAGGCUAGCAAGAAGGAAGACAAGCAAAAUGCGAUAAUCGCUGGCGCUGGUAAAAAGAAGGAUCAGGAAGCUGAUGCGCAAGGGCAGGCAUCGAACGGAUCUGGCUCGCGCGACGGCACAGCGCACGCUGCUGAGGUGAGAGCAGCGGAUAGCGCAGCAUCUGAGCAGACUUCGCUGGCACCGACGGAAGGAGACGACGAAGCUGCUUUUGAAGAGAAGCGCAAAGCGAAGCUGGAGAGGGAUAGGCCCAGGACGCUAUUCGAGCGGACUUUCGACAAGGCAGGGCUUCGACAUCAACAAAGAGAGACGCGCGCGAAGAAGUACGCUGAAGAUGCUGCUUCAGGAAGCGAGGGAGAGGGCGGCUUGUCAAGGAUUCUCUCAAGGAUUAGCCUGCAUCGGAGCCAUGAAGGUGCUUCGCAGCAAUCGUCCAAGAACCCUUCUCGCGCAACGACUCCUAACCCGCCUCAUUGA